AUGAAUGCAGUCAAUCCCGGAUGUCCAUCUGAUCUGGCCGCCAUGUGCAAUGCAAUGUUCCCCCGCGAGUACACGCGACAGCAAUGGGUCAAAGGGCAGUUCACAGUUGCGGCUGUUAUUCGCAUUGCACAAACGUUGUGGUGGUUCGGACCAAACAAUCGAUUUCAACCGUUCUUCCGUUUCCAUGUGACUGAGACGUUGGAAUCCGAUAUCCAUCCGUACGAUGACAAAAUGAUUCUCACUUAUUCCUGGCCCAGUCGAUGCAUUUGUCCGAAUGAGAUCACGGCAGACAAAUCCUAUCUGAUGCUCACACACUCGGUGAAAUCGCGACAGACAUUGAAUAUCACUGCGGCCACGGUGUUUCUGUCCCGUGUGAAACGAUACACUCGUCGACUAUCGGUACGUUGUUCACGUACUAUCCUCAUUGAUCUGAUAUUGAUUCAUUCAAAAGACCAUAUUAAUAUAAAACUGAAACCUGAACAGCAAUCGUAUUACCGUGGAUUGAUUGGGCUUUAUGAACGCCACUUGUAUUAUCGGAAGUGA